AAGUUCCUCUGAUCACUCUGCUCUGCUGUUAGAUAUGGGAUUGCCCAAGCUCAAAAGGCAAUCCAGGUUCCAUUUUGAUAAAAGAUGGAUUGGUAUAGAAGGAUUUGAAGAAACAGUCACCAAGGUCUGGCAAAUUCCAGUGACAGGCACUCAUUUCUUUCAGCUCAAGGAGAAAAUUAAACACACUAGGAUUGCUUUGUUAAUCUGGACUUUAUCAUUUCAGUCUCAAAACCAGGCUCUCAUAGCUACUCUGACUCAGGAGAUGGAAAAUCUUAACAAUGACAAAACUGGUGACAACUGGGACAAGUGGGAGGCUACAAAAAGAGCACUCAACAAAGCUCAUCUUCAGGAGGAGCUUUUUUGGCAGCAGAAGUCUAGGCUGAGAUGGCUUAAGGAAGGUGAUGCUAACACAUUUUUCCACACAAUCACACUGCAGAGAAGAAGACACAAUGCUAUAACUAGACUCCUUACAUCUCAAGGCAGGAUUCUUUCUUCUCAAGUGGACAUGGAAAGGCAUAUCUCUGAAUUUUAUUCCCACCUUUUCUCUUCUGAGAAAUAUAAGCUUUUCACAGGGCAAUCUGUCAAUCUGCAGAAAUCUGCUAUCUUUUUUAGUAGGAAUACUCCCCAACCUCUUCAAUCCUCUAUCUGCUCUGGUCUUAAUGGGAUUGUUUGCCACAGAUCUACCAAGUACCUUGGUCUGUCCCUGGGGAUAGGCAGAUCAAAGAAAGAGGUUCUUGAUUAUGUGUUGAACUCUAUCAGAAACAAUCUGCAAGGAUGGCAAACUAAAUUUCUUAGCCCUGCAGGUAAAGAGGUCCUUCUUAAAGCAGUGAUCCAAGCCUUGCCUAUUUUCUCUAU